AUGAAAAUGAUACAGGACAAAGGCAAGACAGUUGCUAGUGGCUCCAGCUUUGCCAGUGUGGCUCUAUCAAAGAUUGCACUUAGAAUUUCUACUUUUAAAGAGGAAUUUGGAGAGAAUAUAGAAGUUUGGCUACAUCAAAUCAAAAAUAUUCUCUAUAUACAAGACAUCAAAAAUGAAG